AAACAUUCAUUUUUUGAUGGACCAUAACAACUAGAACAUUAAUCAUGACAAUUAGCACAAGUGUUAGAUGUUGUUAAAUAAGUCCAUGAAUAACAUAAACAAACACCAUUUGAUAAAUAAAAAUUGGUUGCACAUUUAGUGCAUAUAUAUUGAUUUGUACAUUCUAAACAAUAUGUAGGUGAGCAUUUUCUGCAUACAGCAGGAGUAACUGAAUUAUCUAGAUAAUAAGUAGAGUCUACACAAGAUGAUGGUGUAAGCAUUCCUGUUGGUAAUGCAGAUUAGCCAGUGCAUUCUAACCAUGUAGGACCAGUACAUGCAGUACAAUAUUGA